UACACAGUAUUGCACUUUUCACAUAUAAAACUUAGUAUGGUGCAGUUUAUUUAUUUUUUAUUGAACAUUUUAUUACACUUUAUCACACUAACUUGUAAAACUGUUCCUUUGAAUCUGUUCUGUUGCUCCAGUCUAUCUAAACUAUUAUUGUGCAUAGUAUAGGGGAACAUAAAGGUGCACUGUGUAACUUUUCUGAUGGAGACUGCCACCUGCUUGUCUCCAUGGAGAUGUGUGGUGGACACCUCUGCCACCACUUCACAAUGUUAGUAUUAUUUCAUUUCAUUUACAUUAAGUUAAUUACAUCACACAUAUUUUAAUUCAUUUAUUUAGACUUAUAUUCUACUUCUGGUGCACACAUUUUAGUUAAUAUAAGUCUGAAUUAUUUACUUAAACUUUUUUUUUGUUUUUGUUUUGUUUGAGUGGCCAGACAGAGGACCCAUGGCAGAGACCAUCAACACCAAACAAAGGGGCAACCGUGCAUUUGGCGUGGCGUCACCAGUAAAGUGAAAGUAAGAGCGCAGACGAAACUGCUUUGCGCGUUGGUGAGCGCUAAAAACGGAACGAGGCCACUGUACAUGCAUCUAUACAUCAGCCUGGACUGUUUACGUGGAGGAACACGGAGGAUAAUGUCGGUGUAGAGGUCGCAUGCGGUCACGGGCUCAGCAUCUGAACACGCGGGCUGCAGCAAAAUGCAGGAAGUGGAUCUAGAGCAGUAUCUUUCAGAUGACUUCCUGCUCCAAUGCUUGGAAGAUGAAAAUCUGGAUGGUAUUGUGGAUCCAGACGAUCUCUUUCGUUUGCUGGCAAGUGAGGAUGAAGCAGAGAGCCACAGGAAAGGCGCUGCUUCAAGUGGAGGUGCACAUGAAGGUUUUCAAGGGAGGAAAACAAAAAUUCAGCCGUACCGAAGAAAAAGAGAGCGUGGUGAUAAUGAGAACACAACAUCACCACCCAAAAGGCAAAGAAUUCUACCAGCAUGUGCUCCGGGCACGGGUCCAGGAGAGACCUUCCACACCCCGGUCCAGUAUCCCAGUCCCUGCGCUCCUCCUCAGCCCUCCAUCUUAGAAAUCAUCACCAUCAGUCGCAAGAGUCUCCGAUCAGUGGUGCAGACGAUUAAGCUCCCUCCCCACUUCAGACUGCCCCACGCGGCCCCAGCUCCUGCUUUCAUUCUCGUUCCUGUCUCACCUGAGCCCAAAAGUAACACCCCUCCUCAGUCUCCAGUGAACGGGGCCCCGGCUCCAGCUCACCCCAGCUCUUCACCGUCAGGGUCCCUGUCAGACGCCGCUCCUGUCUCCACGGCAACACAGACCCCCGAGAAGUCUGUUACCAGUGAAUCACAAAGUCCCCCGCACCUUCCACUUCCUCCUCCUCCUCCUCCUCCUCCGGCGAUGCCACAGACAGUGAAGACCUACAUUCAGGAGACCAAAGACUACAUGGGACAAGCCUGUGAGGACAUGGGGGAUGGACUGACCCUCAGCUCAAACUACGUGGAUUUCAAAUUGAUCCAGCGCGACGCUAUCCGACCAGGGAAGAAUAACAACAAAAGCCUGGACAAGGAGCUCAACGUCAUGGGAGAGACGGAGAGGAAGAAGUGUGUGGUCCAACUAAACCAGGUGAGAGACGAAGACAUAUACAGUAUUGAUGCUUGGCAGUGACGUCACGCUGGGGGUGUUCUACGUGUGUGCAUUGGUGUAUGUUCACCAGUUACCAUGGAGACCCAAAUUCAUUUGCAAAUACAGCCAAAUAAGUUUUAAAAUUGUCUGAAAACUCAAGAAAAAAUACAAAAUGGAUGUAAACAACACAUUUUCAGAAGGCUACAAGGAGGAGUACAAGUGUUCAUGGUCCUGUUUAGAUGUUUGUUUUUCAACAAAAAGAUGAGACUGAUUUACUGAAAAACUGUAGCACAAACCAGAUCAGUUCUUUAUGUUCAGAUUGUGUUAAAGUAGAGCUCAGAUUAAAGUCCAACAAA